AUGACUCGACUCGGGCUGUCAGACAGCAUGCGCUCCACCGCGUCGACGGGCGACACAGGGCCGCUGCACACAUGGAAGCCACGUCUGUUCCCACUCCGAUGGCACGCGGCAGCAUCAACAGAAGAUGCCAAUACACCACUUGGCGACAACAUGACAAUGAAAAGGCUCACGUCUUUCGCGCCUUUGAACCCGCGGCGAUGCCUUCUCGGCGUCGGUGUGGCCAUUAUAGUGCUCUUCUCAGACUUUGAGGUGCUCUCCACGUACCUGGGGAUCGGAAGAAGCAGCACCUUGCAGGUUGUGGAGCAAUUUGAUCAAUUGGAAAGGAGCAUCUCGCUGCUUGCGCGAGACACCGUACAGCUUACGACGACAGCGAACGGGUUCCUCCAGCAUUGCAAGGAUGCGCACAUGGAAGCGGUUUCGAUGGCGGAAAUGCUACAGGAUGCAGCCAACAUAAGCUUUGCGGAAGAGGCAAAGGUUCAAACAGAAGAGCACGCACGGGUCCUGCGAGAGGUGCUGCGGUAUUACGCGCAGCAGAAACAGAACAUCCAGGAGACGAAAAAUCGACUGACGGAGAUGAAAGCGCGGGUGCCAUUUCAAAACAUAGUGCGGCCAGUGCAUACGGUAUGGUACGAAAAAGAGCAAAAGUCGAUUGAAAACAGUGUAGAAUCGGACGUUGCGAACACAAUCGCCUACCAUAUAGACGAAACUCGGCAUCCCGAUAGCAGCGACUAUCUUCGAAUACGGUCGACCAACACACUGGUUUCCACGAACGUGCGAGAAGCAAGCGCUAACCGUCGGACAAGCGUGAAACAGCCGACUUCAUAUAGACCGGUCUUCUUCUAUGUCGCCGUGGCUAUUGCUUCUGCCGUAUAUUUGUGGAACACGAUCGUGGAUACGGAAAAGAAACGGGUGGAAGAUGCUACGUGGUCGUGGUCUCCUAUUCCAACUGUUUUGAGCCAAGUGAAGAAGAUGGUGGGCGCGCUUGUGGUGAGUGCGUGUGAUGUAGCCCGGAGGCAGGUCUUGUCUUAUCGCUCGUGA